AUUUUGACAAGCCUCUGACGUCAUGCUACCCGGAAGUAAAGAAAACUGACGUUUAUGCCUCUGAUUUCGUGUCGCUCUCUCAAAGAUGAGCCGAGCUAAACCAGAAGACGAUGAAUACUGGAACAGCUCCAAAUUCAAAGCUUUCACCUUUGAGGACGAUGACGAUGAAUUUACCAAGCUGAAAGAAUCCAAGCGUGCAGUGAACAGCAUCCUGGUCGAUGAUGAUGAAGAUGAUGAUGUUGAGAAGGUCAGCUGGAGUGGGGAGCCUGUUGGAAGUAUCUCCUGGUCUGUCAAAGAGACGGCCUCCAGCAUCCGCUCAGGUGGAGAGCAGAGCUUUCCAAAAAUCAACACGGCCCCCUCGUUACCGAAACAAGGCUCUGGAUACUCCCUAAGUUCUUUGUUCAGAGCAAAGAGCAAGCCUUCUUUUUCUGAAUCUUUUACUGACAUGCCUGCUAGAGUAUACGCACCAGAAUUACGCAAGCCAAAGUCAGAGUGUCAGGACUAUGGGAGUGAUUGGAGCCCUGAAGAGACCAUAAGGAGGAUGCGGAAAGGAAAGGCAUAUUCUCUGGAAAGGUUCCGCUCUCUACAGGACAAAUUGCUGCUGCUGGAUGAAGCAGUCAGUGCUCACGAUGGCAACAUAAUCACUGCUGUCUUAAUAUAUUUAAAGAAAUCAUUAAGUAAAGAAAUCCUCUUCCGAGUGUUGAUGUUAAGGGAAGUAGCUUUGCGGCAUUACGUUCAUUAUCUGAAAGAAAUGGGAGAGCAGAAGCUUUUGGUGGAGUUAAUGAAGGCACUUGGCAGAGCAGAGGAUAUGGCGUUAAUGCAGUACAAGGAGCACAUGAAUAUUAAAGAUGAAGGCGAAAGGAGAGACUUCCUCAAAAAAUCUCUGAGUCUUCCUUUUUCUCAAGACGAUGCCACUCACGUGCAAGACCACUACACACUCCUGGAGAGACAGAUCAUCAUAGAGGCUAAUGACAAGAAGGGUGAGGCAGAAAUUUUUAAGAAGUUCCCCAGAAAAGCUUCCAUCUUGAACAUGCCCAUUAUCACCACUCUGUACUACUCCUGCUUCUACCACUAUGGAGAGUCUGAGGGUACUUUCAGCAGUCCAGCUAACAUCAGAAAAACCUUCAGGAUUUCGGAAAAGCAGUACAUCCUCACAGCACUUGGAGCUCGGGCAAAGUUGAAAAACUGGUUUGAUGUGGACACUUUAUUCAACACCAAGACCUGGCUGGGUUACACCAAGAAGAGAUCCCCCAUUGGCUUUCACAGAGUGGUGGAUAUCCUGCAGAAGAACAGCGCUCCUGUUCAGGUCUUGCAAGAUUAUGUGACUCUGAUUGAUGACUCAGAACUGAAGCUCAGUUUGGCUCAGAAGUAUAAAUGCCAUGACGUUGUCAUCGAUACAUACAGAGACCUGAAAGACCGUCAGCAGCUGAUCGUGUACCAGAGUAAAGUGGAGCGGGGUUCACGUGAGUACAGGAAGAUCGAGGAGAUCCUUAAUAACACGCAAAUCCGAUGGAAGAACUGACAUUUGGAUAGAAGAAGAGAUGUUUUAUACAGAUGUUUUGAUAUGAUCAUGCUCAGAGACUUCAGCUGACAGUCAGUGCUUCAGAGGAUCUUCACAGACAAGUCAGAGAGCAGCCUCAGCUUUCAGCCACGGCGCAAUGAAGCCCAACAUCUCAGCCAUGGCAACUACAACAUGUUUCAUGUGCUGUUUCAUGUACUGUCAUUUUCCAUUUCCGUUUUUGAAUUUAUUUUCCUGGUUCAUUAUGAAUGCAGAGGUGCAAUGUGUCCGUUUGCCAACAAAAGUUGAACUUGGAGGUGUACAAAUACCAAAUAUUCCUAAUCUACAGUAAUGCCUGUCCAUACGUCAGUAGUCCUGAUGAACUGAUGAACUAAUGUUUUAUAUAAAAAAGUGAAAGUUAAAGUAUUUAAUAAAAACCUUUUAAAACUAUCAGUUGAUAGAUACUUAAUAAACCCCACAUUUUUGCAUUGCUUUUUUUUAUUUUUUUUAUUUCAGGUUUACUCUUAAAAAUAAAGGGGUCAGAAAAGAUUCUUUAGAGCAAUGCCAUAGAGGAGUCUCUUUUUUGUUUCUGUAAAGAGCCAUGUCAAAAGGUCAGACGUGUAGCUUAUAAUACAUUGGAAGCUUCAUCUGAGUGAAACACUGAAAGUGGACAAACAUUUAUUUAAUAUUACUUUCCAUGUUAAAUCUUAUGUGAAGUUGGUGUUGUUCAGGGGAUGUGCCUGUGAGACUACAUGACUGCCAAUGUGUUAAAGUGUUGCCAGCUUAGUGACUUUGUUGCUAGAUUUGGACUUUUUGAACCACUUCAGUGACCUUAUUUCAGAAAAGAGUCUAGCGACAAAUCUAAGCACUUUUUGACCAGACAUUAGCCACUGCCCUGAACUCCAUACAGCUCUUCAGCUACUGGUUAUACAAGUCGAUGCCAAGUUUAUAUUAAUGUGCUUUGUUCUAAUAUGGUAUUGUUUCUAUAGUAACAUUGACAGGGACUUGUACGACAGAUGAUCUGCAUAACGUGUGGCUAAUAAUCACCAGAUUAAAAUAACUUGUAUAGUCAUUGGUAUCGUGGAGUUGAAGAUGUUUAUUUCAUAUUAAUGGAAUGAAUCAGUAUCAGUGAUUUACACCUCAGGAGGACUUUACACUUUUUUUGUCUUAUUAACUUCUAGAGAGAGAAAAAAGAGAGGCUACUGAGAUGACAUGUUUGUAGAUGCUAUGAGUGAUAACAGGAACU